UAAAAUGACGCCUACAGUUCAUUGCAUGAUUAGUAUGAGUAGGGGGUCCUGCCGCGCUAUUUUCAAAUUUUAACCGUUAGGUCUCCGGGACAACAGCCGGGUCAGGUCAUUGUGGUAAACAGCGGACAUUUUUAAAUCCCACUCACCGUGUUGGUUCUCGGAAACUACCCAAAACGUGUCUUGUGGACAUCGAUAUUGUAAAGAGACAACACCAAGAUGCCAAGGGUACGGAACACGCAGCCAGGACGGACGGGAAGCCCGGCAAGGGGAGGUGGUCGGGGUGGUGGUGGGGGCGGUACGCCGGGCAGAGGAACCCCCGGCCGCGGGCCUACUGCGGGACCGUCCCGUGCCGGGCAGCAACAACAAGGAAGGAGCCCGAGCAGGAAAAAAAGAAGAUUUCGCCCAGGCACAAGAGCACUGAUGGAGAUCCGGAAAUAUCAGAAAUCUACGAAACUUCUGAUCAGAAAGUUGCCUUUUGCAAGAGUGGUGCGAGAAGUGUGUCGUGAUGUUGGAGGGAUGGAUUUCAGAUGGCAGGCCUUUGCCAUCAUGGCUCUACAAGAGGCAGCUGAAUCAUUCCUAGUUGGGUUGAUGGAGGAUGCUAACCUUGUUGCCCUCCACGCCAAGAGAGUCACCCUCAUGCCCAGGGACGUCCAGCUGGCCAGGAGGAUUCGGGGGCCGGAGAAGGGUUUUGCUAGCUUGUAAGGUGUACAGUAUGUUGGGGUGAGGGUUGUGGAUGGGGGGUUGUGGGCUUAUAAUGUUCAUGAGUUUCUUACAUGUCCAUAUCUGUGUAGCUUUUAUUGUACUAACCUCUGACUGAGAUAGAACCAAUGUUUACAGUACAAUCGUAUGUCAUGUACUAAGUAUGUUGUCAACACAUGAAUCACACUUUUUUAAGGAUAGAAAGACUGAAUUGUCACGGGUACGUAUUGCAUAGCUUAAACCCAGCCUCAGAUUCUUACUAUUGGGGGUAUGGUCACUCAACAGCCAAAAAUGUGCCUCUGUUUAGAAAAACCCAUGUGGCCAAGAGUUUCACUGCUAACGUCGAUGGAGUAAUGUAAUUUACAAUUUGCUUGGUAUUGAAGUACAAUGUAACUUCUAUUGAAGAGAUGUGCAGAUGUGUAACAUUUAAUGUUUGUAUUUUAGGUAUUUGUGGACAAAACAUUUGUGAUGUUUAAUGAAGUUUGGAAACAGGACAUGCAUUUCUUCACUUUCCCAUAGAAUUUCCCAACGUUGAUGUAUUUUACAAAAAUUUCUAUGGCAGACUUUAUAAAUGUACUUUAAUAGUCAAGAACAAUUCUAGGUAUUAAUUUUGGAAGUAACAAAUUGAUGUAUUAGUAUGGUCCCCAUUCCACUGUCCUACAUGAAAACAGUGAUUCCUUAUCCUAUAGACUGUUACAAUAGACUUGUAUAUUAUACUAGGUAGUUUUAUAGCUAGUUUUAGUUGAUUUAUGUUCUUGUUUUAUACUAACACUCAUUUUCAAUGUUGACACCAAAUUCAAAUAUUUUUGCAACUAUGAUGUGCCCCUUUUAUUUUAAAAGAACUAGCGUGUAUUGUGAGUGACCUUAAAAAACUUGUUUGUCAUGUUUUCAUGGUAAAGUUUGAAACAAAGUUUGUCUGAUUUUAAUCAUGACCCUAAAUUUUAGUGCAAAAUGUGUUUCAUGUUUAAAGACAUUGUAUUGUAGCAAUAUGGUACAGAUACCAAAUACAUGUAAAAGCAAAGUAAAAACUAUUUUUAGACCUGAAUACUAGUAUAUCAUAAUUCUUUACAUGUCUGUUUAAAUUAAUGUACCUGUUAAGAACAUUUUGUAUACCGAAAGUUUGCAAAAACAUCUGAAUAAAAAGGAUAUAAGCAAUA